AUUAAAAAAAAAGCAAAAGAACCAUUUCCCGAGCGUCUAUGGGAAAAACAAAACAAGCUUCGCCCUCAACUAGUCUGCGCAACAACCGUUUCGCACCUUUAGCUGAAGCCUUACCGAAAAUAUGGAGACUAAUGAGAAAUCAAUAUCAUUUAGCGCUGACAACUCAAAUACUUACCAGCCGCGUCAAACGGCAGCUCCAAAACCUCCUCUAGUAUGUGUUCCUAAUGUUAACAGUAUCAGUAAGCUAGAAAGAACCCUCAAUCAGGUAAUCUCUGAAGAUAAAUAUGACAUACUUACUUCAGAUCAGGAAUUUCUCGAGUCUACACAGCAGAUGCAACGUCAUUUAGAAGUGUGGUUCGUAACUUGACGGCCUUGAAUUGCCAGUUUUGGCAUCAUCAACUCCGUGAGGAAAAACCAAAUAGGCUGGUGCUGAAGAACAUACACUCAACUGUCCCAAGAGAAGAAAUAGAGUGCUGCUCCACAGACAAAGGCUUCGUUGUACUGAACAUUUACUCCCCAAGGAAGCCUGGCUGGAAUGAAAUCUUUGCUGGUGCCAUCGACGACGAAGAAGCCAUUAAUGCAUAAACUAGACAAAAUCUGUUCUUUGUCAAUCUUAAGCCGACUCCGAAUGUGGCCGAGUCUCUAAAAGUAAGCCGUAUUGGAAGGCACAGGGUUACAGUGGAGAAGGCUACUCGCAACAUGGACAUAGCUCAAUGUUAUUUUGGCCACACCCGCAAUCGCUGUCAUUGAAGCCCAGUUUGCGGAAAUUGUGUGGGUGAGCAUCCUACCGGUUCAAAAUAAUGUGAGACACACCUAAACAAUCAAUACGUAUGUGCAAAUUGCAUGGAGAAUCACCCUGCCAGUUUUAAAGGCUGCAAAGUCAGAAUAGAAUUGAUUGAAAAAUUAAAGCCAGGGUCUGGACCAACCAACUACACCAUUAACAGAGAUAAUGAAAUUCGCCAUGUACAAUACGCGUCGACGUCAGCUGUCAGAAAUGGAGUCUCCUAUGCUGACAUGACAAGAACUAAAGCUGAAAACAACAACAGCGUUCCAGCUAGGAACACAAUCACUCUAAGUACUGGGGAGCAAUACAACUCUAACCGGAACCUUGCCACUCUUGAGAAGGCAAUCUUGGACAUUAACGCCAGAUUGCAUGAACUAUUUAAAUUAGUCAUGAAAACGAUUGAGUCCAACAAAGCUUUUCGUGAUCUAGUCCACGUUCUGAUUUCUAAGUCUCAAACUUAAAAAUCGGAUUAUGGAACGCAAGAGGAUUAGUACAGAAGAAUGAAGAACUUGGACUUUUUCUUAGCAUGCAUCCAAAGCAUGCAUGUGGUUGCAUGCAGAUCCAGAACGUGUAUUGCUACCAACGGAGCAGUUGGCGGCUGAGCUGAUAUCAAUGUUUGGUGAGAGGUAGUCGAAGUUAGAAACAAGGAGAAAAUUUGAGGAACGAAAAUGGACAGCGGGCGAAAGCUUUGUUGCUUAUGGAGACGAUAAGGUGAUGCUUGCACAUGGAAUAAAAAUGGAUGAGGAGGAAUUGGUGGCGCUCCUCAUUGAAGGUAUUCCGAAUCAAAUGCUACGUAACCAAGCCCGUAUCCAAUGCUUUGAAGAUAUCCAGCACAUAAAGCGGGCAUUUGCGGAAGUGAAACUACCGAAUAUGGAUGAAGCAGACAAGAAGGUGGCAUCGGUGAACAAUAAUAGCAGCACACUGGGACACUGGGCCAAAGAGUGCAGGAAGCCAAAGCGCGAAAAAGGGUCAUGCUAUGCCUGUGGUGAGAUGGGGCACUUUGCAGCGAAGUGCCUGAAAAACAAGAAUGGGGAUGAAAACAAUUACCAUGCCUCAUAGACACGGGAAGCCCCAUUUCGUUCAUAAAAACUAGUAAAGUACCUAAAGAUGUUAUUGAAGUACCA